AUGUCCGAGGUCUCUCAAUGGUUGAACACAUGCACCAAGCGACACCCCAAAUGCCUUCUUUCGGACAACACCCCGUUACCAUCACGAGUGCUUGAGCUCGACGCGAGUCCUGACCACCCCCAGAAGCUGAGGCUUUACAGAACUGCACCCAACGAAAUGGGGCGGUACAUUUGCCUCAGUUAUUGUUGGGGACCAAAGGGAAGUCCAAUUCAACUAACGAAAGCAACACUGUUGCAAUUCCAACAGGGUAUCGCUUGGGAAACACUUCCCCUCACUUUUCAGCAUGCUGUUCUUCUUACCAGACAGUUUGGCGCUCGGUACUUAUGGAUUGACUCACUGUGUAUCGUACAGGACGACAGUGAAGACUGGAGUGAGAAUUGUCCACGAAUGGCUGAAAUAUAUCAUAACGCCUACAUCACCUUGGCAGCCAGUGCUGCGCCAGACCCUCAAGCGGGUCUGUACUCAAUAUCCGAUGGUGAGUGGGCCCGUGGAAAGGAAAUCUUCAGUACGAGCGGCGGCCACCCAAUUCAUGUCUUUGCUCGUGCCCCUAUGCUCGACAUGAACACGAGACGGGAUCGCGAGCCUCUUUUUAUGCGAGCAUGGGCUUAUCAGGAGCGCAUGUUAUCGCAUCGCAUCCUCUAUUUCACUCAACGGGAGAUCUUGUGGGAAUGCAACGAACAGGUUGCAUGCCAAUGUCUUCACCUGCAAGAGCAAAUGAGUCUCAAACUCAAAUUUUCUGAAUCUGCUAAUCCAAGGGACUUGAACUUCUGUUGGAAUGAGAUUGUGAGCGAGUACAGCAGUCGCCAGCUAUCCUAUACAGCCGAUAGAAUACCCGCGUUGGCAGGAAUCGCCAAAAGAAUGCACUCAUUGAGGGCCAAUGACGUUUACAUAGCGGGCUUGUGGCGAAGCACCCUUUGCCAGGACCUAUUAUGGUACGACCCAAGGCUAAACGUUCAUGCUAGACCGACUUGGCAGGCGCCCUCUUGGUCUUGGGCAUCCGUCAAUUAUGCAGUCACUUUCGAAAUGAACGGGGAAAACAUAAAAGACUAUUGCCUGAGGCUCUCGUAUGUAACUCACAGUUGCACGCCCCUUCAUCCAACUGAUGAGGGCUGUUUUGGUGGGCUCCAGUCAGCGUCUCUGACAGUCAAAGGAAAACUGAUUCCAAUUAUUGGAAACCCCCUUCGGAAUUCGAUGUACAUGGGCGAAAAUCGCCUGCAGGGCUAUUUCAUGAUAGGCUAUGACUUCUGGUCAAGUGCAGGAUCGACAUUGGAAGAGAUCCCCCUCUACAUUCUUCACGUCUGCGAUAAGCAUACUGGUAUUUAUAAGGCCGAAAGCUACUAUCUUUGCCUACGGCAAUUCGAUGUAGAAGCACACACCUAUGAGCGAGUGGGAGUGUUUCACGAAUGGGGGAGAUCCAGGGCGUACGAAAAGCUAUGGCGAACCAUUAGCGCAACAACGGUCACUAUGGUUUAA